GACAAGUGGGAUGAAAACGGGGGAACUAGAAUAGAUUCGAGAGCUCUCGUUCCCCUCUUUAAACAGCCUCAGAGCUUGCAGUUUCGGAGUGCACAAAGGAGGAUUAUAGAAAGAAAACGAAUUUUAUUCCGAGGGCUGGAAAAAAAGAAGAGAAAAAAGGAAGGAGGAAAAGAAAAGAAGGCAGAAAAGAUAGCAUGGUUUCGAGAGAGCAAAAGAGGGCAGUACUGCAUGAGAAGCUGCAACUUCUUCGUUCCGUUACAAACUCUCAUGCACUAAACAAGACUUCAAUCAUAGUAGAUGCAUCCAAGUAUAUCAAAGAGCUGAAGCAGAAGGUAGAAAGGCUAAAUCAAGAUAUAGCAAUUGCAGAAACUUCAAGCCAGCAACCUCAAUUGCCUGUGCAGGUAACAGUGGAAACCCUAGAGAAAGGUUUUUUAAUCAACGUAUUCUCGGACAAAAGCUGUCCCGGUUUACUAGUGUCAAUAUUGGAAGCUUUUGAAGACUUGGGUCUUAAUGUUCUUGAAGCUAGGGUUUCUUGCACGGACAGCUUUCGCCUACAAGCAUUUGGAGGCGAAAAUGAAGAAGAAGGUGAUAUGAUUGAUUCUCAAGUUAUCAAACAAGCGGUAGUGCAAGCAGUGCAGAAUUGGAGUGAGAGCAACAAUGAUGGAUGAGAAUGAAUGAUAUAAAUCGUUUGUGUCUCUCGUCCUUUGUAGGGUUUGGCAAAGAAUUGCUAAGAGUUGCAAAAAACAAAGGGCAACCUUAGGUCUGAAAACGUCUGAAAGUAUCUUUCUUUUCCCUUUAAGUAGUGUCUAAGUAAGUGUCAUUAGCAGAUGCCAUAUAUAUAUCUACGAAAUGCUGAAGAGCAUAUUAAAGAGGUGAA